CCCUAUUUUGUCAGUUCUCGGAUGCUGAACUUGUGGUUCUGAAAAACGUCUCAAACUCAUCUGUGCUCCAGCUUUUCCGAGUUGACAUCCAGACGCAGCAGCAGCAGCAGCAGCCAUGGCAGAUGCAGCUGUUUCAUUUGCGAAGGACUUCCUGGCAGGUGGAGUCGCAGCAGCCAUCUCCAAAACCGCAGUAGCGCCGAUAGAGCGAGUCAAGCUGCUCCUUCAGGUCCAACAUGCCAGCAAACAGAUCAGCGCUGACAAGCAGUACAAGGGCAUCAUGGACUGCAUUGUGCGCAUCCCCAAAGAGCAAGGCUUCGCUUCCUUUUGGCGCGGAAACAUGGCCAAUGUCAUCCGUUAUUUCCCCACCCAGGCCCUCAACUUUGCUUUCAAGGACAAAUACAAGCAGAUCUUCUUAGGAGGGGUGGACAAGAGGACCCAGUUCUGGCGCUACUUUGCAGGCAACCUGGCAUCCGGCGGCGCGGCUGGGGCCACCUCGCUGUGCUUUGUCUAUCCGUUGGACUUUGCCCGGACCCGCCUGGCGGCCGAUGUGGGCAAAGCGGGGGCCACCAGGGAGUUCAACGGGCUGGCGGACUGCCUGAAGAAGAUCUCCAAGUCGGAUGGGGUCAAAGGCCUCUACCAAGGAUUUGGUGUCUCUGUACAAGGGAUCAUCAUUUACAGGGCCGCGUACUUCGGCAUCUAUGACACGGCGAAAGGAAUGCUUCCCGACCCUAAGAACACUCACAUCAUGGUCAGCUGGAUGAUCGCCCAGUCGGUCACGGCGGUGGCGGGAGUCGUGUCUUAUCCGUUUGACACGGUGAGGCGUCGCAUGAUGAUGCAGUCCGGACGCAAAGGAGCGGACAUCAUGUACACGUCCACCUUGGACUGCUGGAGGAAGAUCGCCCGCGAUGAGGGAGGCAAAGCCUUCUUCAAGGGGGCGCUGUCCAACGUGCUGCGAGGGAUGGGGGGAGCGUUUGUCCUGGUUCUGUAUGACGAGUUUAAGAAAUACGUCUAAGUUCAUCCCUCCUCCCCUCUCCGACAAAGGGGCAGAAGCCUCGGCCGGUAGAAUUAUAUGUUAUUAUUAAUAAUAGAUGUUAUCGUUUAGUUUAUUAGGAUCCCUGUUAGACGUUGCGCUAGGCGACAGCUACUCUUCCCGGGGUCCACAUGGAACAAAAAACAAACAGUACGAGAAGUAAAUCUGAAAAUUGAAAAGAAAAUAACAAUGAACAAUUUAAUAUAAUAAAGGAGAAAAAGAAACGUCGGUGGUAUGGUAAAGAAA